AUGAGUGAUCAAUUGAGCUCCAAAGCAAGCUUCGAUGAUGCCUCUCUAUCUCCAGAUUUGGUCCUCCUCACGUCAAAGCUCCAAACCAUUCUCUCGGGAAAAGAAGUCACGGAACCAGAGGAAACUAUACCGACAGAUUUCGAAGUAUCAUCCAAGGAAAAGGUCACAAGUAACGGUAGAAAAAAGAUGGGCGAAACAAAGAGCUUGUCUGACCUUGAAUUUGAAGAAUUAAAAGGGUUUAUGGAUCUGGGUUUUGUUUUCUCGAAAGAAGAUAGGAAUUCAAGCUUGGCAUCACUCAUUCCGGGGUUGCAAAGAUUCGGAAAGAAAGAUGGGGAAGAAGAGGCUGCUGGUGAAACUGCAACUUCAAGGCCUUAUCUUUCGGAAGCUUGGGAGCUUGGGAGGGUUUCUAGUAAGGAAGCCCUGAUGUCGAACUAA